AAUGAGUUGUAAAUUCUUAUUUUAUUCUUUCUAUAUUUGCUUCCAUACAGACACAUGGAAGGGGGAAAUCAGUCUGCAAUCUCAGAGUUCAUCCUUCUGGGCCUUUCAGACCAGCCAGAACAACAGAGGCUCCUGUUCUUCCUGUUCCUCCUUAUGUACCUGGUCACAGGGCUGGGGAACCUGCUUAUUAUUCUGGCUAUUAGCUCUGAUCCCCACCUCCAUACCCCCAUGUAUUUCUUCCUCAGUAACUUGUCCUUAGUUGACAUCUGCUUCACCUCCACCACCAUUCCCAAGAUGCUGAAUAAUCACAUAACCAAAAACAGAACAAUCCCUUAUGCUUGGUGCCUAUCACAAGUAUUCUUCAAUAUUUGGUUUGCAGGGAUAGAUAGUAUCCUCCUUGCUGCCAUGGCUUAUGACCGUUAUGUGGCUAUUUGUGCCCCUCUACACUAUAGCACAAUCAUGACUCUGAAGGUCUGUGCUCUUCUAGUACUAAUAUCUUGUUCUUGGUCCUUUAUUAAUUCCUUGACAGUCACCGUCUUGCUGACCCGACUCUCCUUCUGUGGCCACAAUGAAAUUCCACAUUUUUUCUGUGACCUCAGUCCCCUUUUGAAAUUGGCCUGCUCAGACACUUUCAUCAAUGACUUGAUGGUCUACACAAUGGGAGCACCAACAGUAUUUUUCCCCUUUAUUGGAAUACUCAUUUCUUAUGGUUAUAUUUUCAUGGCAGUAAUGAAGAUCUCCUCUGUGAGUGGGAAGCAGAAAGUUUUCUCUACCUGUGGAUCCCAUCUGACUGUGGUCUGUCUCUUCUAUGGGACAAUCAUUGGGGUAUACUUCAGUCCCACAUCCACCCAUACAGCCCAAAAAGAUACAGCAGCAACAGUGAUGUACACUGUAGUCACCCCCAUGCUGAACCCUUUCAUUUACAGCCUAAGGAACCAGGACAUGAAAAGAGCCUUGAGGAUGCUUAUCCCUAGGAAACCAAGAUUUAUUAUAAGACUAUGA